GGAAAUGUUUCCCAACUUGCUAACGAAAGAGAUGCUGGCAUCUGGGGAAGAACUUGCUCCAUAUAAGAACUUCUCUUCCAGGAUGGCUGCCAUAGACUAUACUGUUUGCCUUCAUAGUGAGGUAUUUUUGACAAACUCAAGGUGGAAAAUUUCCUCAUUUUCUGAUGGGCCACAGGAGAUACUUGUAUGGAGGACACUCAAAGACAAUUUGACCAGACAAGCGAAAGUUGGCAUUGCUAUUUGAUAAUCCUAAUAAUGGUUAUGCAUUUAUCUUAUAUCUAAAAUCUACCUAUACUUUAAGGCUUUGCUUGGUAGAGAGUAUGGAAAUGGAUGAGGAUGGAAAACUUAUUAAUUAAUAGUUAAACUUUAAAGUAGGAAAGUGAUUAUGAAUUUUAACUAUUAGAUUAACAAGUUUUUCAUCUUCACCCCUUUCCAUCCUCUCCACCAAGCAAAGCCUAAGUUACUUUUUUUUUUUUUUCCUUAAAGUAAGGCAAUUCGACCAGACAAGCAAAAGCUGGCAUUGCAAUUGGUCAUUUUGGAAGUGUCCUUAGGGGAAAUCUAGGGAUAGUUGCUAUGUUCUAUAAUGAAACACAUAUCAUCAUGGGUUCUUGUAGAAUGCUUCUUAUUUGUGAUAAUUGGAAAUAAGAACUGCUGGAUUCAAUUUACCAUCCUUCUUAUUCCAGGUGGAAAAGUUUCAAGCGACAAAUGCUGAAUAUGUGGUCUCAUAGUGACUUAAACGGGAUUUGAACUGAAAAGGCCAAAUGAUUCAAUAUAUACAUUCCCAUGCCCUGACUGCAUGCAUCGUACAAACAGAUCAGAAGACUCAAUAUCAUCAUCAGCCACGUGAUCUGCUUAGAGAAAUUUUGAUGGGUGUUUCUUGUUCCUGUAACCUGCUACCCCCCCCCCCUUUCUUUGUGUCUAAUAUUUUCAUUCUUUUUGUCCUCUUCAUUUGGCAAGGGGGCAUACAAUUCAAUUUUGGGAGCUUUGAGGAUUUUUCAAAAGUCACAUUGAUCUAAUUAUUUGACCGGGAUUGAGUUGAUGGGGAGUUGCAUCUGUUUGUAUAUGAUGCCACAGGACACAAAAAUUGACAAUUUUGCAAUUGGAGGGAUUACCCCGGCAUUAACUGGAGAUUGAUAGCAGCUGCUGUAUCUAACCAGCUGUGGAUAUAACACAUCAGAUUCUUUCACACCCUGGUUGUGUGAUUUUUUGUAAAUUAGUUGCUGUUAGAAUUGUAAGACUGAAAGAAAAGAAGAAAUUUUGUAUACAUUUGUCGGAAAUCAGGGUAUUGUUUUUGCCUGUACAAUUUUUGGUCAAGGUCUUUAUCUUUUCUUGCUGGAUUUGUUUUCCCUCUUAUCAUUUUAGACUAGUCAUGGUCUAUUACAAGGCAAAAUAGUUACAGAGACAUGAUCUCGUAUGUUUGUCAAAGGUUACAUAACAAAAGUCCAAACUCGUUUACGUCAUUUGUUAGACUACAAAUUUUCAUAUUUCAACACUUUUUACUUUACAAAACUUUGAGAAUCCUUCCUGUCUCAGCGAAAGCAACCGCCAUGGGAAUCGUCGGAAAUCUCACUCCGGAGCAGCUCCACUCCUUCAACUCUCAAGGCUUCCUUGUACUGGAAUCAUUUACGAGCCCUGAAGAAAUUGAAGCUAUGAGGAAGAGGAUGGACAAAUUGCUUCAAGACUUUGACACCUCCACCACCGCUUCUAUUUUCUCCACCAAAAAUCCGUUAAAGUUGACUGAUGAAUACUUCUAUGAAAGUGCUGAAAAGAUUUCCUUUUUCUUUGAAGAAAAAGCAUUUGAUGAUGAUGGAAACUUAAAGCAACCGAAGGAACUUUCAAUUAAUAAAGUUGGGCAUGCAUUACAUGAGAUUGACCCAGGUUUCAAAGAAUUCUCUUGCUCUGCGAAAGUUUCGAGUUUGCUUUUCUCCUUAGGUUACAAGAGGCCAGUGAUCAUUCAGUCAAUGUAUAUUUUUAAGCAACCAGGUAUAGGAGGCGAAGUAACUCCUCACCAGGACAACUCAUUUCUUUAUACUGAACCUCAAACUUGCACUGGGCUGUGGCUUGCUCUAGAAGAUGCAACAGUUGUAAACGGCUGCCUUUGGGCCAUUCCUGAAUCUCAAAAAAAGGGCCUUGUUAGGAGGUUCAUUAGGGGUGAAGAUGGAGUUUACUUUGAUCGGCCUUCACCAUCCUAUGACCAGAAAGAUUUUGUCCCUAUCGAAGUGAAAGCUGGGUCUUUGGUUGUAAUUCAUGGUGAUCUUAUUCAUCAAAGUUUUGAAAAUCAAUCUCCAAAUUCACGGCAUGCAUACAGCUUGCAUGUGGUAGAUACUGAUGGCUGCAAGUGGGCAGAAGAUAAUUGGAUCAAAAGAAAAGUGGAGCCAGAGCCCCUCUAUGCUUCUUGAUCAGACCCCUGAGUUUAUCCGGCCCUGGUAGUUGCAUGGAAGUUUUCAUGUACGUGUCUAAGCAAAAAUCAUCUAUUCUCAGUGCCAGUAUGUGUACGAUUAUGCUCACCCAAUAAUAUUUACUGAAAAACCAAAAUGGCUGCCCAUUUUGAUGUUUCUUCAUCUACAUUUCGGUGUUUAUUAACCUCUUAACAAUAUAAUAAUAUCUGUAUAUAAAUUUAAUACGUAGCCUAUUUUUUAAUGCUUUUUGGAAUAGUUCCUUUUGUCCCAUUUCCUUUUCACCCUUCCUUCCAACGGAGUAUAAGAGUUGAUUGAUCAUUCGGAAAUCAUUCCCAACAUAUGAUCUGAUAGUGUUGCUAACCUAUAAUUAAAGCAUCAAUGGCGUUUUGGGAUGUAUGAUCUUCUAUAAAGAGAAUUAUAAACUACGAAGUUUCCUACCUUAUGACGCAUGGAUGUGUUCAAAAACGUAUUUCCCCACUUCAUUUCUUUUGUUGGUUUGUCUCUCCUUCCUCCUGGUUGGCAAGGUGAAACGUAAGGACCCAUGCAUGAAUAUGAAUAUAACAGAAAACAAACAAACCAACGCUAUGCAAAAAUGGAGGCAGUGAAAAAUUUUAAGUGUGGUAUGCAGCCAGCAGCUUGUUAUUAAAGUGUUGAAUUCAAUGAUUAGGGUUUAAAUCUUGACAGCUUCACUAAAAAAAAAAAAGGGUGGUAUAAAACAAUAGUAUGACAGAAAACUUGAUU